AUGGACGUGUUGGCCGCUCCUGCAGACAGAAGUAAAGGAUGGUACCUUUCUCUGAUGGCACCCAACACAAAAGGACCAAUGUUUGCCUGGUUGGAUCCGUCCAGAAUCUACUGCAACUCCCUGGCUCUUGCAGACUGUGUCUCAGACCUUCUCAGCCCAUUCCACAGGGACACCAUUGACCUGGUUGCUGGGAUAGAUGCAAUGGGAUUCAUUCUCGGAGCGUCUGUCGCCACCACUCUUGGGAAAGGUUUCCUGGCCAUUCGUAAAGCAGGACACCUGUGUGUAGAAACCCAGAACCAAACCUACUCCGACUACACGGGCAGAGAAAAGAAUAUGGAAAUAAGACUGGAUGUCAUAAAACCAGGAAUGAGGGUGUUGUUAGUCGACCAAUGGAUCGAGACCGGCGGUACAAUGAAGGCUGCCAUUCAGCUGGUGGAGAGGUUGGGAGCUACUGUUGUAGGUGUAGCAGCCGUGGCUAUAGAAAACACGGAAGGGGGGAAGUGGAUUAAAGAAAAUUACAAAUUCUCUCACUGCAUCCCUGAAGAGCUGCAGAGCCAAGUGGAUCGGAAAUAUCUGGACUCUUUCAAAAGCUUCAAUAGGUGA